AUGUUUGCAAUUCACGUUAGUAUUUGCAUAAAUUGUUAUAAGUUGAUCAUAAAACAUGAGUAUACUGGAAGAACCAGCAGUUUGCGCCAUUUUGAAAACAAUUGCGAAAAAUGCAGGUUUUUUGACAGCGAUGUUGAGUUUAGUGUUGACAAAGGCGCCGAUAAAGGAGAUGGCUACUUGAGCCAAAUGUCAUUGGUAGAUAUUACCUCAAAAUCUAAAAACAGAGAAUCUAUAAGCUUGGUGAUUAAAUGUGCGCAAAGUGAUCCAAUUCAACGCACGACAUUUCCGUUACAUCAACAUUACUUACGUGAGAUUCGGUUUUAUGAAGAAAUAUUACCGGCGUUUAAUACAUUCCAAAAACAAAACAACGUUAAAGAUCCAUUUAACUCUGUGCCGAAAUGUUACGCAUCUUGUAUUGACGACAACAAAGAGUUUUUAAUAAUGGAGAAUAUUAAAAUGCAAGGGUUUGAAUUGUGGGAUAGAAAAACACCGCUAGAUGGCGCACAUGUUAAACUAGUGCUUGAAAAAUACGCGAAAUUUCACGCUGUUUCUUUCGCUAUACGUGCGCAUGAUCAGAAAUUAUAUGAUAAACAGUCAGGAUUGGAUAAUUUAUUUGUGCCGAAAUAUGUCGAUAGAAGUUUCUUUCAAAGUUUUGAAUUAGCCGUGGAUAAAGCUAUUGGUUUGUUUGGUAACACCGAAGCAGAUAGAAAGUAUCAUGUUAAACUGUCAAACUUUAGACAGGAUGGAAAAGUUAUGGAUUUCUUUCAUUUAAUGGGACAAACAACAUGGGAGAAUCCUAUUAUCACGCAUGGUGAUAGUUGGUUGAAUAAUUUCAUGUUUAAAUAUUGUCAAAAGAAUGGCAAAAAACAACUGCAAGAUGUCCGAAUUUUUGAUUUUCAAAUAAUGCGUCACGUGUCAGUCAUCUUGGACGUCGCAUACUUGAUCUACAUGAAUACAGACGCAUCUCUGUAUAAUAAUUACGAACAUUAUUUGAAGUUUUAUUACAAUCAUCUACUAUUACAUGGUAACGCAAUGAAAACUAACAUUGAGAAUGUGUUUCCCUAUGAAACUUUGAAAGCUGAAUGGGCUAAAUAUGGUGUUUAUGGCUUGUUAUUUGGAUUGAUAGGUGUCGGAAUUUUAUUGCAAGAUAAAGAAGAUAUCGUUGAUUUGUCUGAUAUCGCUAGUGGAAACAUAUCCGCUGCAAAUGUGUUUUUCGUUGAUAAUAACUCCGAAGAAGGCAUCAGGAGGAUGAAAAAUUUAGUUAAACAUUUUGUAGAUAACAAAUUCAUAUAGUUUUAUUAAAUAAAACAAGCGGAAAUAAUGUUUUAAUAUCAAA